CUGUUUUAUCCUCUCACUUUUACUCUCGAGCAGGCGCAGAGGUGUGAGUUAAUCCAAUCCAGGGGUGUUUGUGGCAAACAUGAGGCCUUCUCUUGAAGCCACGUGUCUUCCUGCUGGCGGCCAAAGCGACAUCCAAUUAGUGUUAGAGUUUGAAUGCACCCUAUGUGACGGCCCAGAAGAGGGCGGUUCUAGUGAUGAGUCCACUGCAGCCUCAUCAUCCACACGGCCUCGGCCAGUUCGUGGGGAUGAUGAUCCAAAUACUGGUCUUCUUUUUUCGAUCGAUUUGCAUUCCCAUCAGCCAUGGGUCCUCUGCGGACGUUACUCUAGAGAAGAUUGUUGUUUCGGGUGGCGCUUUGAACAUUGUGACAGUCUUGAAGUGUGGAACUAUGAAGAUGGGACACGAGUCGCCUCUGUGAAGAUCGCUGACCAUCCUGAUGUUAUCGUUGCAAAAUUUAUUCCUCAGAAAAAUUGGAUUGCGACAAAGUAUUUUGAGAGCCUCGUCGUUUACGAAAUCCAAGCUCCAGACUUGCACUGCGUCACGACUUUCGAGCUUCCUGCUGGUGAACCUCUCCCGUGGGAGGUUGGUGAGCAUCCCAGCGUAUGCUACAUGUUGACUGGGGCCGAAGAUGUUGUGGUUUUGUGGAAUGGGGACAAAGAAUGGGAGCAGAUCACGUUUGGGAGAAAGAAGAGGGAAGAACAAAAAGUGGAUAGGUCUGGGCGUGAUUUUGAUAGGGGCAGACGGCAUUUGGCUCUGUGCAAAAACUCUAAUGGUGUCGUUGUUCUUAACAAAAGAGGAAAGCUCCUCCUUCUGAAGAUCGUGAGGAAAGGAAGAAACAAGGAAUUCCAAAGUAAAGCGAAUAUUCAGACGGCCGCUGUCUUUGCGGAACGACCCCAGACGCAAAUGCCGCCAAUCAAUGAACCACCUCCACCUCCAAGCGAUGAACCACCCCCAGCGGUAUCGAAGAAAAGGGUCGUGGGAAAGAUGGAAGACAAGACCUGUUGUGGCAAGCCAGAGCGGGAGACGGAAAUUCCGCCAGUCGAUGAUGAACCAGCGGCACCGGCAUCGAAGAAAAGGGUUGUGGUGAACAUGGAAGAUAAGACCUGCUGUGAUGAAUCACCCGCGGCGGCAUCAAAGAAAAGGGUUGUGGGGAAGAUGGAAGAAAAUACCUGCUGCUGUGGCAAGCCAGAGUGGGAGAAGAUAAUUCGGCAGAAGAUGGCAGAUAUGGAGAUGAAGUGCAUGAAAGCAGUGAAGGAACUGAGAGAAGAGCAUGCGGAGAGGGUCCAAAAGCUGGAAGACGACUUCAAGCUGAAGUGGUCGAGAGCAGUGAAUGAAUUGAGAGAAGAGCAUGCAAAGAGCCUACAGAAGCUGGGAGAUGACUUGGAGGAGUGCGGGAAGGCUGUGAAGGAAUUACAAGAAGAGCACACAGAGAGACCCCGAAAGCAGAGCUGAAGUGCAUAAAAGCAGUGCGAGGAUUUGUAGAAGAGCAUGCAUGCAUGCAUGUCGAGGGGAUACAGAAGCUGGAAGUUGAUGACUUUGAAGCUGUAGCUGACUCAUUCGUUGUACGGAAUGGAGAGAAGGGCAUGCAAAGUUGGUCAGGUCGGGAAGCUGGAGGAUAACUCAGAGCCGAGGCGCAUGAAAGCAGUGAAUGAAUCGAGCAAAGCGUG